UACUGCAAAGAAUGAACUUUAAAGGCAUUAAACAGCACAUCAAUGUACAUUUCAAUUAGACUAAAUAAUAAUGCUAUGAUUUUAUCGGUAGUAACUUUACUUAUUAACUUGAAUUAUUUCUUUCUUUUACUUCAUGUUAGGAAGAGUAUCUUUUUGCUUGAAAUAAAAAAUUGAUAUAGGAGUAAUAUAUGGAUAGAGAAUCAAAAACUGUUAGGGCAGAAAUUACACGUUGAACUUUAUAGUUCAGUAUAGUUCAAAUAGAAAUUAUAUAGAAUUAUUUAAUAAUUUGUAUUCCACUGGAAUAAAAAUUUAAUUUCUGUCUUUAUCAAAUCUCUAUUUCAGAGUAUUUGUACGUAUGUACUUAUCGUCUGCUGUAUGAUCGAAUAUCGAAUAGGCGCUUGGCCAUGGAUCGCUGCAUUAGGUUUUCGUAAUCCCCGAAACCCAGACAAACCACUAUGGAAGUGCGGAGGUUCCCUGAUAUCGGCUAGGCAUGUUUGACCGCAGCACAUUGUGCACAUAUGGAUGGAAUAGAAAACAUACACAAUCAUAAUAUUGUCAUUCUUAGAUUGGUGGAGGAGGUGCCAUUUUCGAGGUACGUAUAUCCCAUUUGUACGAAAGAGCCCCUACGAAAGAGCAACUUCGUCGGCUAUAACCCCCUUGUUGCUGGAUGGGGAGCAUUAAGAUAUAGACGACCACGACGUAAUGCAUUAAUGGAAGUACAAAUGCCAGUGAUUAAGAACGCCGAAUGCAAAAUAGCUUAUUCCAAAUUUCCUAAUGCACCUGAUAUCACUGAUGGUAUAAUAUGCGCCGAACAUGCUCAGGGUGGAGAGGAUUCUUGUACGGCUGACCGCGGCGGACCACUGCUGAUACAACAUGAAUUAACUCGUAUUUAAUAGGUAUUGUGUCUUAUGCUUAUAAGUGCGGCACAGCUGGGUAUCCCAGCGUUUACACUAGGGUCAACAUCGUACCUUGACUUCAUUCUCCAAGCGAUGCAAUAAUAUGAUAUUACUGUUCCAUAAAUAUCAUUGUGUAAAAAACGUAAAGUUGGAUUUUCUUAUUGUGGAGAUAAGAAACAGCUCAAAUUUACAUUGUUUUGUACGUUACAAAUUAUAGGCUUAAAAUGUACGAAAUGUAACUUUGAAACGACACUAAUUUUUUACGCACGAUAAACCUCCACGACUUAGGUAUGUAAAGAUGAUAAACGUAUAUUAAUUCUAUAAAUUUGGUAAUAAUAAACCACUUUCUGAGAAGUUCUGUAAAUUUCGUUUCUGUUGUAUCA